AUCUCUAUUUUUGAAGCGUAUGGCGCUAUGCGAGACAACGACCACUGUUUAUGCUGCAACGUGGAGGGGGCCAUAUGGAGACUGGCAGAUAUGGCCCAAUGAAUAUGGCGUGCCCCGUUAUUUGGGAUGAGUAUGAAGCAAUGCGCCGAACGGGGAUGCCAGCUCCGCCUCCACUCUAUGAGUGCUCGAGAUAUGGGUGUCUGUCUGCUAUAUAUUAUCCACCACGGCCUUCAAGUGCUUGCUUUUUCUUUUUGUCGCCGUUUCUUAUUUGCAGUUCUCCUAUUCUGUUGUCUCGUCCUUCUUUUACGUUGCAUCGCUGGUCGAUGAUUUCUUCUGGCAUCUACUUGGAGUAACGGCCGUGGAUUGGGUUGCUUCAUUUUUUACCAUGGGCCCUCCAAAAGUCGUUGACUCGUCACAACCACGCUAUGACUCUAAUGGUAAUAAGGUUCCCAUAUGGGAAGCUAUUAAGGUGGAACUUGGCAAGGAUGACAAGAAUUCGUUGAAAAAGCAGUCCUCGUGGGAUUCUUGGAUAUCAAAAACAACAUCAUGGGCCAGCACAACGGAUGGGGACACUGAGCGGAAACCCCUUUGGAAACCGGCAACACUGCGGUUCCCAGUUCUAGGAAGCCUCUUCACGGUGACGGUUUUGAUGAUAAUUGGCCUCGAAAUUUUGGCAUAUCUCAGCAUCGGUAAAAAUAAUUCGAAUGGCGGCGGACUUGUUUUCGCAGCCACGGUCGACGACAUAUCCACGAUUGCAACGGUGUCAUAUCUUUAUCUCCCAACUGUGAUUGCGGUUAUUUACAGUAUGGUCUGGAGUUGGGUUGACUUGGACAGCAAACGCCUUGAACCCUGGUUCCAGCUUUCCAAGCCAGAGGGUGCCACCGCAGAAGAUUCCAUAUUGUUACAGUACCCGUUUGAUUUCUUACCAUUCGUACCGAUACGAGCUGCACGCCGCAGACACUGGGCUGUUUUUAUUACCGGAAGCACCAUGAUGCUCGUUGCGUGGGCAAUUGUUCCCUUCCAGUCGGCCAUAUUUUCUAGAGGUACAGUCACUCGGACUAGAGAGGUUCUAAUGGCUACCACUGGAUCUUUCAUACCUUUAGAGGAACAGACAGACGCUCUCAACUCUCAGUUCCUCAACACCGCGUAUGGCGUAUCUUGGCUUGGUCAGGAAGUACCUCCGUAUACGACAAAGGAGUACGCAUUGCAGCCAUUCUCACCUGUGGCUGACGAGAUCACACACUCGGGAAACGAUACAUGGUCAUCCUCCACGCUCGCCUACUAUACGAACCUUACCUGCACUCCGGCAAUUAUGAAACCCGGAGUAGUAAAUACUAGCUGGAUUUUUGACAACGGAAAUGGAUGUGUAACCUACGAUAUCGCUUUCUCAGGCGCCUCAUAUGCGGAGUUCUUGGUGAUGUAUAUCCCAUAUUUCGACGAUCCGCACAGCGAUUGGUCGUUACAGAGCCCAAAUUGCACCGCCGAGCACUCUGACAACUUUCUCGCCGUAUGGGGAGAGCCACAACAUAUUGAAAAUACCACCUUUAUGAAAUAUGGCAAUAUUAGCGCUCAGUUUUGUCGCCCAACAUAUCAUGUUCGACGCGUCACUGCCACAGUGAAUGCUACAACUCAUGCCGUUCUUAAUAUCGACUACGGAGAUGCUACAGAUACGGACACGCCGCUGCUAGAGACAGACUUCAACACCACAAGUUUCGAAUAUAUAAUAGGGACAGGUAUAGCUGAGAAUCAAUUAAGCAAACCAUUUGCCGGCGAUUUACCAGACGUGUCUGUUAUUGAACAAUUUCCAAGGUUGGCCAAAUUUAACCUGUCAUGGCCAAAUAGUAAUAUGGUUGGCUAUGGAAUGGCAGCUAGCUCUGGCCAACCAAAAGACCUCGCCAAUCCUUCCGAGAUGCAUAAGGCGUUUGAGUCUGCGCACAAAUUAUUAUUUUCAGUGGCAGUGGCAGCGAUGACAGCUGCUGAAAGCCCAGAAGCGAAUAAGCGAAUGGGAUUGCUAACAGAUCAGCCAGGGAGCAUCAUUUUUGUGAGAUCAUUUUCAAUUGCUGUUGAGGCCUUCUUGGCUAUCGUGGGUAUAUUGACAUGUGUUUUAUGGGUGGUUUAUCAGCAACGUCAGACCAACAUGACACAUGAUCCGGCCUCAAUUUCCGAUAUCAUGAGACUUGUUUGUAGCGCCAUAGAGCCGCUACAGGGCUUCUACGACAGCGGUACUCUAACUACCGGGCAGCUGGGGGAGAGGCUGAGCGGUCAUAGGUAUCGUCUUAACGCAUAUAAGAAAGGUGGCGCCAGUGAGAUGCGUCUGGAAUCUCUAUCACAAAGCUUUGGGAAAGUUAUCGACAAUACUACCGAAUUCCAGGCCAGCAUCGACUGCCCGGAACAGUUUCAGACGGUUCGGCCGGUUGAACUCACGAUUGCCACAGGAAGCAUUGUGGGAGCAGUUAUCAUAGCCGCUAUUGCAACAUUAUCAUACCUAUACUAUCAAAUUACGAAAUUGAACGGGUUAGCCAGGCCAUCAACAAACCCACUUAUACUCUCUUCCCUCGAGAACCUAGUGCCGACAGCAUUUGCGACUCUCAACGAACCCUUCUGGAUUCUCCUCAACCGGCUACUAUGCAUUCUACAACCAUUUAGUGAUCUACGGCAAGGAAGGGCGAGACCAGACGCAACAGUGGAAGCUAAAUAUACUUCUAUUCCACCGCAGCUUGCCGCCUGGCGAGCUCUCAGGUCCGGCCACUUCCUACUGGCAACCGUCUGCGCCAUGGCUAUGUCCAUGAACAUACUCGCAGUGGCACUUAGCGGACUUUUUGACGAAUCCUUGACAGAUACAAAAAUUUCCACAAUUUCAAAUGCAACUUACAUUCCCCUUUUGAAUAGGACUCUUCAGUUGGCGGAAAAUACAGCGCCAAUUCAUUACAAAGACCACUUCUAUGCUACUUUGGCAAAUCUUAGAGGACAUGCUCCUCUCCCCCCUUGGGUUGAUAACAGCUUCUUCUAUCUUCCUUUCGACGUACCGAAUUUAAAGCAGGAUUUUGACAAUGAACUGCGCAUUGACGAAUAUUCUGCACUGACUCGAGGGUUUGGUGUUGACCUCAACUGUGAGCAAAUUUUCGAAGAAGGAGGCAAUGAUACACUGGUAUUUCGCCCAAGCAAAAAUGGCUCAAAUAUAGUUUUUGGCAUGGCCCAUAAACUGGCCGAUGGUGGCGAAGUUGUCUGUGUCUCUACCAUUUCUAGUCCGCCAGGAGAACUAGCCCCACUUCCAUGGGAAGAUGAUACCUCUGCAUCCGAGUUUGUGACUCCCCUGACACUAUAUAACGACACGGGUGAUUCUUUACCCGACAACGGGUAUUGCAGUUCUGCCAUAGCUGCUGGAUGGGUCAGGCUUGGUCCUGCGAGCUCUGCGGCGGCUGCGCAAGAUACGGCCUCUACAAAUAAUACCGAUGGGAGAUCUCUCCAGACAGCGUUUAUGCGGUGUCUGCCAACACUAAGGACUGCUGUCUUUAACGUCACCGUUGAUACUACCAACCGUAUUAUUAAUUCGACGAGAGAGAGCGAGUUUGACUCGGAUCUCAAACCUUACGGAACGGAGGCUACAAUUACGUCUUUAAUGUCUCAAACAUCGGCGCUACUUAUGCCAUCCACUGCCCAUACCAUCCGGUGGCACAAUGACUCUAUCGCUAUGGACUGGAUCAACACCCUUUUGAAAAUAAAAUUCAACUCAGAUCUGUUGAAUCCUGCCAAGCCCAUACCAGAUAUUCCAACAACUAUCCCCCACUUCGCUGACAUAUAUCAACGACUAGCUGCAGUGAUGUUUUCAUUUGAUGCGGCGCUAUUUGAGAAAGCACCAGCAAAUUCUACGAUCACGGUCAUAGCCCAUGCCAAAGAGACUCGAAUUUUCAUGACUUCUACAAUGUUCUAUAUAUCUAUCACCAUUCUAGUUCUCCAGCUAUUCGCCCUUGUGGCCUAUUACGCAAUGCGGCCCCGUCGAUUUCUACCAAGAAUGCCGCUCUCUAUCGCCUCAGUUAUCGCAUAUGUUUCAGCCAGCCAGGCGGCCCAAGAUUAUGGCAACCAGUCUAGUGGAAUGUCGUCAGAGACGAGAUAUGGAUAUGGACGUUUCAAGGGGGCCGACGGCCGUACCCAUGUGGGAAUAGAGAAAGAACCUCUUGUUGUACCUUUAAAGAGCAAGAAUCCAGAAGCAAAAAGGCGAAAGUGGCGAUUUGGCCGGUCAUUACCGCCUGAAGAACCGCGGAUUUGGAUCUAG